ACAGGCCCAGUUCAGCCAGAAUUAUUAACGGAAGCUGGCGGCAGAAUCGAACAUCUCGUUAGUUAACUUUUUGGAUAAAACGACUUGAUGGUUAGCUACUGUAGCUAGAUGAAUGGUGUGGAAAGACGUUAAUUCGUAGUAAAGUCUUAUAAAAUGGGCGACCUUGACUCUGGCAUAGUAUAUGUACGCGAGAGAGGACAGCUUCGUCGCGUCAAUAACAUUGUGCUCGCGGAGACGAAGCCACCUUCAUCAUCAUCACACAGAACAACAAACCCUCUGGCGUUGAAAAAGGAGCAUUUCGUCUUCACCUAUAACAAAGAAGGCAGUUUGAAGUACACUGCCAAAUCCCUCUACGACAUAUCUCUGCUGUUUGUAGCGUACAACAUCAACCAUGUCGAUUCUCUCGAAGGAUUUCCUGAACAAGUAGGGGACAGACUCUUCGCCACCGCGGAGGAAAAACAGAUAUUUUCAGAUCCUGAUGCAGCCCCUAAGGCUCUGCAGUUGUUCAGUGAUGCAUACGGGGACAUAGUGCUCGGGUCACUUUGUUUACGGCAUAGGUUUCCCUUGCUGUCUGAAAAGCUGGAAGAGAUCAAAACGUUUCAUAGUCUGAAGUGCCUGGAUCUCUUUGGCUGCAGACUGGGAGACAGCCACGACAUCUUCCAACAUCUCACAUCAGAUGCAUUGUCCAGUAGCCUGGUCCAGCUGUCCAUUGGUGGUAACAGCCUGUCAGACCAGGGUCUCCAGAGACUGACAGCCCCUGUCAGGAUGAUGAGGAGGGGGCUGAGACACCUACAGAUACUGGACCUGUCCUACAACCCGAUCACUGAGAAGGCAGUUGGAUAUCUCACAUGCCUCCCAAAGCUACAAGGUCUUGAUGUAUCAGGAACUAACAUAAAGGUUGGCCCGUCAUUCAAGCAGACCGUGAGGAACAGCAUUGGAUUGGUCCUGUCUGAGAAAGUACUGGAGGCCUUCGACCACUCCUGUUGUAAAACACAAGGCUGGGCAGAACAGGUAGUAAACCGGUGGGAGUUGAGUGCGACAGAACGGCCCAAACUAAAGAAGAUCCAAGAGUCAAGAACAUCAGCUAUUCGCUUUUUUGGCAGAGAGAAGUUUGUCAGAGGAAUCCUGAGCGCAUCACCUCUGAUCCAGGAUAAAGAACAAGACAAAACCAGGGAGAGGAUACAUUUGUAUAAACCAGCAACAAGCACACACACACAUCAGGCCCAAUGCACAGGGGCUAAAAGAGGACAAAUUAAGCACUCGUCACUCAACAGCAUUGAAAUCGCAGGGUCCACCAACGGACAUGUAAAACCCUGUUCACGGAACAAGAAGAGGCCUGGUAAACAGCAGGUCGGGGACAGUGGUCAUCACAGCCCUCCUGUUAAACGUGCUUCUUCAUCACCAGCUCUCACAGCAGGCGAUUUGGAUCUACUCAACAGUUACUGAUGCUUUGUCUCCUCCGUAGCCGAGGUCCACAGUCCCCAAAUGUGUGUGUGUGUGUGGGGGGGCGUGACAAUGCACUGCUCAAUUUGAACUCUUCCUGAUGUCAUGCAUCCAGCAGAGUUCAGCUUCCACCUCUAGUUUAGCUUUGGUGGUUUUUGUUUGUUUAAGUGGACCCCAAGCACUCCUUAGCUGGAAGAACACUUGGGAGUGUUUUCUUAGUCAAUCUGCAGCUUAUUUACGUUUUUAACUUUUUACAAAUAAAAUUAUAAUGUUUUAUUUAUUGUGACUGUUCCCAAGAUUCUGACCAUUGGUGUGGAUCCAGUCUCUGAUGAGAGACUGUUCACAUGGCCGGAGUAUAGACCUUCGAUUUGGUUCAGAGAUUAGGGGAUGGAUGUGGCAGUUAGCCUAGCAGGUUAAACUUUUGGGGCAGGUGUACUCGUCAGACCAGUCGUAGCAGUGCUGGCGUCCAUCACGGCAUAGACAGCGAGGGAUGCAGGAACAGUACUGGAAGUCCACUGGUAUGCAGGGCCACCAGUACACACCACAGGGGGCACAGCCAGCAUCUGUAGAGAGGAGAUGAGAAGCACAGGCCACCUCUCCGUCACUGUGUGUGUGUCUGAAUAUAGGAGCUUGGUAAACACAGUCUAUUACAUACAAUUUGAUACUUAAAUAAUGUCUUGUUGAAGAAAAACCUAUUCCAAGGAUCAGAUAGAUCAUUUUCCUUAAAAAAAAAAAAA